AUGCCGUCAGACGCGAAAAAAAAACAAGCAGCUAAAAAGAAAGAAUUAGCAAAAGCACGUGCUGGAGGUAAAAAGAACACGAGUUCUUCUAAACCUCAAAACAAUGGAGCUGGCGAUAAAGAAGUUACUAAAAAUAAUGAAGUUAAUGGCGGUGUGACCAAUGGAAAAUUAGAGAUUAGUGAGGAAAAAGCCCUUUGUGAAAAGUUGGAAGCCGAUGCAAGAUUAAAUGCUGAAGCCAGGUCUUGUACAGGUUCUUUAGCUGUUCAUCCUCGCUCUCGUGAUAUUAAAAUAGAAAAUUUUUCUGUUACUUUUCACGGAUGUGAAUUAAUGCAGGAUACUUUAUUAGAAUUGAAUUGCGGAAGAAGAUAUGGAUUGUUAGGAUUGAAUGGAAGUGGUAAAUCUACCCUUCUAGCUGUAUUAGGUAAUAGGGAAGUUCCUAUUCAAGAUCAUAUAGAUAUUUUUCAUUUAACUAGGGAAAUACCUGCUAGUGAUAAAACUGCUUUACAAUGUGUUAUGGAAGUUGAUGAAGAAAGAAUUCGAUUGGAAAAUCUUGCCGAGCAGCUGGCUGCUCAGGAUAACGAUGAUUCGCAAGAACAGUUAAUGGAUGUUUAUGAACGUCUUGAAGACAUUUCUGCUGACACUGCCGAAGUAAGAGCCGCUAAUAUAUUACACGGUUUAGGUUUUUCUAAAACAAUGCAAGAUAAAAAAUCUAAAGAUUUCUCCGGAGGUUGGAGAAUGAGGAUUGCACUUGCUAGGGCACUUUAUGUCAAACCUCAUUUACUUCUACUCGAUGAACCGACUAAUCAUUUGGAUUUGGAUGCUUGCGUGUGGUUAGAAGAAGAACUUAAAACGUAUAAAAGAAUUCUUGUUGUAAUCUCACAUUCGCAAGAUUUCCUCAAUGGUAUUUGUACCAACAUAAUGCAUUUAGAUAAGAAAAGAUUAAAGUAUUAUACCGGUAAUUACGAUGCUUUUGUCAGGACUAGACUCGAAUUAUUAGAAAAUCAAAUGAAACAGUAUAAUUGGGAACAAGAUCAAAUAGCACAUAUGAAAAAUUACAUAGCACGAUUCGGUCACGGAUCUGCCAAAUUAGCUAGACAAGCUCAGAGCAAAGAGAAAACUCUUGCGAAAAUGGUUGCCGGAGGUUUAACCGAAAAGGUCACGUCGGAUAAAACCGUACAUUUUUAUUUUCCAAGUUGCGGCACGAUACCUCCUCCCGUCAUUAUGGUUCAGAACGUUAGUUUUAGAUAUAAUUCGAACACGGCUUGGAUAUAUAAAAAUUUAGAAUUCGGUAUCGAUCUUGACACAAGAGUUGCUCUCGUGGGCCCCAACGGAGCCGGUAAAAGCACUUUGCUCAAAUUACUCUGCGGUGAGAUUAUUCCGACGGAGGGAAUGAUUAGAAAAAAUUCACAUCUUAGAAUAGCUCGAUAUCAUCAACAUUUACACGAGCUUUUGGAUCUUGAUAUUAGCGCCUUAGAUUACAUGAUGAAAUCAUUUCCGGAAGUGAAAGAAAAAGAAGAAAUGAGAAAAAUAAUCGGGAGAUACGGUUUGACCGGUCGGCAACAGAUAUGUCCGAUUCGUCAGCUUAGCGACGGUCAACGUUGUCGAGUCGUUUUCGCUUAUUUAGCAUGGCAAUGCCCUCAUUUGCUCCUCCUCGACGAACCCACAAAUCAUUUGGACAUGGAAACGAUCGAUGCACUCGCGGACGCCAUAAACGAUUUCGAAGGCGGCAUGGUUUUGGUAUCACACGAUUUUCGUUUGAUAAAUCAAGUCGCCGAAGAGAUUUGGGUUUGCGAAAACGGUACGAUAACAAAAUGGAACGGAAACAUUCUCAAUUACAAGGAACAUUUGAAGAGUAAAAUAAUUAAGAAAAACACGAACGGAAAUGGGAAAAAAAAAUGA